GCCAGAUCUUGCCAGCAAACCGAAACACACCGAGUCCCAUUGAUCCUGAGACUAUCCAAGUUCCUGUUGGCUAUGAACCUGACCCUGCAGAUCUUGCUCUUUCCAGUAUUCCUGGCCAGGAGAUGUUUGACCCUCGUAAGCGCAAAUUCUCUGAAGAAGAGCUGAAACCGCAGCCGAUGAUUAAGAAAGCUCGCAAAGUCUUCAUUCCCGAUGACCUGAAGGAUGACAAGUACUGGGCCAGGCGCAGAAAGAACAACAUGGCUGCCAAGCGAUCGAGGGAUGCCCGCCGGCUGAAGGAGAACCAGAUCGCCAUCCGCGCCUCCUUUCUGGAGAAGGAGAACUCGGCUCUCCGCCAGGAGGUGGCCGACCUACGGAAAGAGCUGGGCAAAUGCAAGAACGUCCUUGCAAAGUACGAAGCUCGACACGGCCCCCUGUAA